CUGCUUGUCCUUUUGAUACAAAAUAUAUCCUUUGAUGUUAAGCUCCCAACUAUGAGUUUCUUUCCGCCAGGACUCAGAUGCCCACAACGUCAUACCGACCAAUCUCUAAUUGUGCCACGAGUUCAUCCACCUUAUUCUGAAUGCUACGCGCAUUUAAAUACAGCACCUCCAGUCGUGCAUUCUUCACCCUUUUGAAUUUUGCCUCUGUGGUACAAUUUAACUCUUUGCUCUGUCUGCAUUUGUACCCAAUCAUUGGCUUGUCCUUCCUUACAUUCAUGUUACACCCAUCAUCUACUUGUAAACCUGCUGGAUCAUCCUUAGCGCUAUCAUCCUGGUUCCCAUCACCCUGCCAUAUUAGUUUAACCCACCCCCAACAGCUCUACUAAACCUGCCUGCAAAAAUAUUGGUCCUUAUUGGAUUCAGGUGCAACCGUCCUUUUAGUACAGCUCCCACCUGUCCAAAAAGAGUUACUAAUUAUCCAGAAAUCUGAAUCCAUUGUCCCUUUGGUUUUCAAGAUGGCAACCAUUAUUCCACUGCCAAAGAAGGCAACAGUAAUCUGCCAUUAACAUCAACCAUUAUGAAGUGCUUUGAGCAGCUGGUCAUGGACCACAUUAAAGCUUUUCUCCCAGCUACGUUGUACGUGAUCCAGUUCACAUUGCUCAAGUUGAUCCACUGAUGAUACAACAGGCUUUGCCCUCCUCUCUGUCCUGCCCAUCUUGUAAAUGGGAACUUGUAUGCCAGAUGGCUAUUUACAGAUUUCAUUUCAGUGUUCUACACCAUCAUACCCCAGAAACUGGUGGGGAAACUGUCCUUGAUGCGUCUCUACGUCUCCCUCUGAAAUUGGAUAUUGGACUCAGUAAUAAUGAGGCCACAGUGAGUCUCUUGUCCCAUUACACUGAGCAUUGGCUGUGUGCUUAGCCCGCUGCUGUUCACACUGCGGAUGCUCGAACGUGUCACAGGAUCCAUCUCAAGCCAUGUCAUCAAGUUUGUGGGUGACACAACAGUGGCUUCCCUUAUCAAGAAUGAUGACGAGACGGAGUUUAGAGAGGGUGAAAUGAUAGAGACGAGGAAGAGAAGAAAACAGAAAUGUCUGGAAGAUCAUACCGGUCAAGAGGAGGCAAGGCCCGAAGAUUCAUCAAUAGAUACAGGCCCAGAGGAAUGUGCUCUAAAAGAUGAGCAUGAACAAGAGCAAACCUCUGCAGGAGAUAUUCCCCCUAGGGAUGAAGAAGAAAUUACACUGAAAGACGGAAAUGAUGCCAGGGGCAAUGAUACGAAAAGCAAGCCAGCCCUUCAUCAGUGGGCAAAGGUUUUCUUUGGCAGCUGGGCAGCCAUUGCGAGCGGAAUGUUGUAUGCUGUGUACCUUUCUACAUUUCAUGAAAGAAAGUUCUGGUUUUCCAGCAGACAGGAUCUCGAACGAGAAAUCUCUUUUCAGGCGGACAGUGGCUUAUAUUACUACUAUUAUAAGAAGAUGUUGCAGGCAACAUCAAUCCAAGAAGGAUUUUUUGAACUGACACAUGAUAACAAGACACUAUCAUUAAGGACCCUUAAUUCAGUGCAGCAAAUCGGCCUGUAUCCGGAGGUGUUUGCUGGCAUCUUGUAUCGUAUUACUGGUAGUCGGGAAACCAUUGAGCCUGUUUAUUUUUACAUUGGGAUUAUAUUUGGGCUGCAAGCUGUUUAUGUGACUGCACUGUAUGUCACAAGCUGGAUGUUGAGUGGGACGUGGAUGGCAGGCAUGCUGACAGUCAUUUGGUAUAUCAUUAACAGGACCGACACCACCAGAGUGGAACAUACGGUUCCCCUGAGGGAAAAUUGGGCACUACCAUACUUUGCACUCCAGGUCGGGGCGCUCACUGGUUAUCUGAAGACCAACAUCAAUUCCACGAUGGAGGUUUUCUCAUAUCUGCUGAUGUGUGCAUCUGCCUUUGCCUUUAUAAUGAUGUGGGAGAUGAGUCACUAUGUACUGUUUGUACAAGCCUUCAGUCUUUUCCUUUUGGAUUGCCUGGAUCUAAUUCAGAGCCGUAAGGUAACAGAAGUGCACAGGAUGUAUUUGGUGUGCCUUGCAUUAGGAUAUUUUACACAGUUCAGAAAUUCUGCUUUGCUCUCUUCCCCACUUCUGAGUUUCAUCGUUGGUUCACACCUGGCAAAGUACAUUCAGCAAAACUUGAAGAAAGGCCACUUUGCAGCAAGGCUGAUGAAAUUACUUCUCCAUUUCUACUUGGUUUUCACUGUGUCAAUUACUUUAAAUCUCGUAAUAAAGAAAAUGCUCCCUCAAGAAGAAAAUGAACACAUAUUAAAGUUUUUCGAGGCAAAAUUUGACUUGAAUACUACAAGAGACUUCAGCAUAAAUUUGUUGCUCUGCCAGGAAACCUUUCAGACCCCUUCGCAAGAAUUCUUCAUUCGACUGACCCAGACUUGUUUGCUCCCGUUCUGCAUGUCGGUGCUGCUUAUCUGCCUGUUCUCAACCUUGCAAGUCGUGGCCAGGAAGUUUCGUGAUGUGCCACAAAAAGCUGCUGACUUGUCCGAUAUGGUGAUGAUUGGUGAAAGGCCUGAGGUGGUAUACCACACUCUACAUUUGCUGCUGUUCGGCUUACUGGCACUGCUCUUCCAAGGCUUAAAGUAUUUAUGGACUCCUUAUGCUUGCAUGUUUGCUGCCUUUGGUGUAUGUUCCCCUCAGCUCUGGAUGACUGUCUUUAAGUGGUUACGACUGAAAACUGUGCCUCCAUUGCUUCUGGCUCUUGUGUUGAGUACUGCAGUCCCCACAAUAAUAGGGUUCAGCAUCUGGAAGGACUUCUUUCCAGAUGUAAUGAGUGAACUUUCUGAACUUCAGGAAUUUUAUGAUUCUGAUACUGUGGAGCUGAUGAACUGGAUCAAAAGACAAACUCCCAGUGCAGCCGUGUUUGCGGGAAGCAUGCAGCUCAUGGGAACUGUGAAACUCUGCACGGGUCGGACAGUGACAACCCACCCACUCUACUCCGAUAGAGACCUGAGAAAGCGCACAGAGGAGAUCUACCAGGUCUACUCCAGGAGAUCUGCAGAAGAUAUUUAUAUGAUUCUCACAUCAUACAAAGCCAACUAUGUUAUCAUCGAGGAGGGAAUUUGUAAUGACAUGGGUUCACUUUCAGUGAAAGGCUGCCGAGUCAAGGAUUUGGUGGAUGUUGCGAAUGGCCAUGCACUUUAUACCGAAGAUGUUAACGACACUAACUACGUGUUUUCACUGUAUGGACGGUUUUGCCAUGAGGUUAAGCUGGACUAUUCACCAUACAUCAACUAUUUCACGGGUGUCUACUGGAAUCGGUCUUACCGUGUGUACAGAGUCAACACCUUGAUAUCUUUUCAAUAUUAAUGAAGAUUGAGUCCACGCCCUCCUUUCUGCUGAAUCUAUUUAAUUUUUGUGUUGAAAUAACGUCUCCUUUUGCAUAAGGACCUUUUCAAAAAAGAUAUUUCUUUUUAACUUAUUUUUUUAUAAAUUAGCCUGAAAUGAGGUACACAUUUUAUCUUUCCCAGGAUCUGCCCAGGACCUGCCAACGUUGCUUAUUCCAAAUGGAGGACUUUUAUAUAUAAAAAAAAUCAUCAGUGCUAUUAAAACAAGCUGACCGAGAUCUGUUAAAUCAGGUGCUGAAUUGAAUUGCGUUUAUUGUUUUUUAUUUCGAAAUACAGCAUGGAACUGGCCCUUCUGGCCUGUCGAGCCCCACGACCCAGCGGCCCACCGAUUUAACCCUAGCCUUAUCACGGGACAACUUACAAUCACCAAUUAACCUACUAACUGGUACGUGUUUGGACUGUGGGAAGAAACUGGAGCAUCGUGAGGAAACCCAAAUGCUCACGGGAAGGAUGUACAGAUUCUUUACAGAGGACGCUGGAAUUGAACUCUGAACUCCAACAAGCAGAGCUGUGACAGCGUCACACUAGCCACUACACUGCUGUGGUAUCCCAUAGUUCGGAUACAUAAUGGACCUCACCGAGUGGCAUAUGGUCUCAAACCGGUGCAAGGAGCCCAGACACUCUUGGACAUCUGUGCCUAAGCUCUGUCCAAAGCUCAAGUGACCUUUUGGGUCAGUGAUAAACAUUUUAAAAAAAUAUUGUUGUGGACACCACAUCAUGGACACAAAGGAGUGGGACUUUAAUGAUGCCUUACACAAAGUAGGGACAAAGCAUUACUAUGAGAUGAUGUUGUCUUUUUAAAUUAAUUGAUAGCAUAGCACCUAUUAGAGCUCUCUAGUUUAAAAUAUGCAGAAAAAUAUACCAAUCUUGUAAUUCUCAUGUGUCUAUGGAAUUGGUCUUAUCAGAGUCAAUAUUAAUGAAGAUUGAGUCCAUACCUUCGUAUGUGCUGAAUCUAUUUCUUUUUGUGUUGAAAUAACAUCUACCUUUGCACAUGGAUCUUUUUGAAAAGGCAUUUCUUUUUAACUUACUUUUUAUGUCAAUAAUAUUUCAACAUGACAUCUAAAAACUGGGAGGACAUUACACUCACAGACACACCUGGAGGAAAUCUGUUCAAGAGGGAGCUGUUCUACAUGAGAACGACCACUUCUGGGCCGCAGAGAACAAGCAGCAUGAGUGAAAGGAGAGACUGAACAACCAAAAGACCCAAACUCGAACCACAGUCACCACUUACUCUUGUUCACACUGCAUCCCCCCCAGAAUGUGUGGAUCCAGAUCGGCCUCUACAGACACUCGAGGGCCCACCAGUAGACAACUCCUUCAGAGAAACUCCCGAGGAGGAAAGAUGUCUUCAGUGUCUCAUCACACUUGACCCAGACUGAUCACACUGCUAUUUCUUUUAUAAAUUUGCAUGAAAAGAAGUCCAGAUUGCAUGCAUUUGCAUACCAUACUGGUCACCCCAGUACAGGAAGGAUGUUGAGACUUUGGAGAGGGUGCAGAAGACAUUUGCCAGGAUGCUGCCUUGUUUAGAGGGCGUGUGCUAUCAUGAGAGGCUGAAUAAACAUGAGUUGUUUUCUCUGGAGCGUGGGAGGCUGAGGGCAGAUCUGAUAGAGGUGUACAGAGGCACAGAUAGAGUGGACAGAGAGCAUCUGUUUUCCAGUAUUAAAAUGUCUAAUACCAGAGGGAGAGGGGUCAAGUUCAAGUAGAAUGUGAGGGGUAAGGUUUUUUCAGUCAGACAGUGGUGGAUGCCUGGAAUGCACUGCCUGGUAUGGUGGUAGAGGCAAAUACUUCAGAGGCUUUUAAGUGAUGUUUGGAUAGGCACAUGGCUGUAAGGAAGAUGGAGGGAUAUGGACAUUGUGUAGGUUGUGAGGAUUAGUGUAUGGGUGUUUUUGAGUUGCACAACAUUGUGGGCCAAAUGACCUGUUCCUGUUUUGUGCCAUUCUGUGUAAUCUAUUUCACAUAUGCAAUAAAACAUGUGCAGUCUUGUAAUCCAUUAUAAAAAGGUAUUUACUAUUACUACUUCAUUCAUUAUGUGACGUGCUGUAUGAUGUGGAUGAUCAUGGUCUUAACAUGACCAUGACUGUUCUUGACCAAAUUUUCUACAGAAGUGGUUUGCCACUGUCUUCUCAGCAGUGUCUUUCCAAGACAGAUAUCCCCAGCCAUUAUUGAUACUCUUCAGAGAUUGUCUGCCUGGCAUCAGUGGUCGCAUAACCAGGGCUUGUGAUAUGCACCGGUUGCUCAUACAACCAUCCACCACCUGCUCCACGUGACCCUGAUCGGGUGGGGGGGGGCACUAAGCAGGUACUACACCUUCCCAAGGGUACCUGCAGGCUAGAGGAGGGAAGGAAUGUCCUUUGGUAGAGACAUGUCUCCAGCCACCAGUAAUGAGUACCACAUUAUAAUGAAUUAUUAGGACCAGAUUUCAAUUGUGGAGAGGAUUGUUUUUUUUUUCAGAUGGCGGGGGGGGGGGGGAUCUUGAUUUUUAAGGAAUGAUGUGACAAAUUUUGUUUUGGAAAAAAAUAUCUUCAGUGUCUCACAUUUGCUGUCAAGGGCCACCUUGCAAAAGAUUGGGUGAGGAGAAGGACUGAGGACCAGCAGCUGCUGAGAUGCCAGGGAGUAGCUGGAGGUCAAGGACCUUUAGGCUGAGCUAGUGUCAUAUCAGUGCUCUAUUGGUUUACUAAGGGCACCAUGGAAGUGUAGUGGUUAGCGUAAUGCUAUUACACCGCCAGCUGUAAGAUCAGGGUUCAAUUCGCGCUACUGUCUGUAAGGAGUUUGUACGUUCUCCCUGUGACUGCAUGGCUUUCCUCCGGGUGCUCUGGUUUCCUCCCACAGUCCAGAGACAUGUGGUUAGGCUUUGUGAGUUGUGGGCAUGCUUUGUUGACACUGGAAGCGUGGCAACACUUGCACAGUCCUCACUGAUUAGGUUUGACAGAAACGAUGCGUUUCACUGUAUGUUUUGGUGUACAUAUCACAAAUAAAGUUAAUCUGUU